AUGACCUUCAUGACUCCUCUGGGCUUCUACCUAUCAGUAGUCGCCAUAAUAACCAUUGUCUCUAUACUGGGCCAAGGCUUCAUUCUAACCGUGAAUAUCCAGGACUGGUGUAAGGGAAGAAAGCCCAGCCCAGUGGACCAAAUCCUGGUGGCCUUCAGUCUCUCCAGCCCCGGACUGUCCUACAGUUUUGGAAGCUACAUUUUCCUUAAAUUUCUUUGGCCACAGUUCUUCUUAUUGGACUAUACCCUCACAACAGUAUUUGCCCUAAUGCUAUUUUUGACCCUCUCCAACUCAUGGCUGAUGGCUUGGCUCAGUCUUUACUUCUUUGCCAAGAUUGUCCCCUUUAAGUCUUCUUAUUUUGUCAAACUGAAGAUGACAAUUGAUGUGGCGGUCCCGUGGCUCAUCCUAUUCACCGAGGUUGUGGCUUUCUCCAGCUCCCUCCCCCUGAUGUGGUCCUUUGGAUGGACUUUACCAAACAACUCCACGUCACUCCAUCAAGCCUCCCAAGCACCUUCUCUUCAGUUAAACCCUAUGUAUUAUACUUUUGCUCUCGGCUUCAGUAGUAAUUCGGCAUUCUUCAUCGUCCUCUUGUCCUCGUUCUGCAUAGUUUGGUCUCUCUGUAGACACACAUCCCGCAUGAAGAAGACCAUGUCUAGCGAAAGUUUCUCUCGGUUGAGGACUCACCAGAAGGCUGCGCAGACUGUGGUGUCUCUUCUUCUCAUCUACGUCGUAUUUUACGUGACAUACGUCUUGAUGACCACAGUGUUUUCUGCUAAUGAUAUGAACAUUUAUUACUGGAUCACUGUGUGGGUUUCACAGUCCACCUCUCUGGCCAUGUCCCUGGUCCUCAUACUUGGCAAUUCCAAGCUAUCCACAGCGUUUCAUCAGUUUGUUGUUCUCACCAUUAGACGGAAAUGA